UCUCAGGUGAGAGCUCUCCGCCAGAAGGAGACCCAGAGAGACACCCCCCACCCCCACCGGGAUCUGAAGUGUGAGGGUUGCUUGCUGGGGCUGGAGACUUUCAAAGGAGUUGGCAGAGAGAGUAGACGGUGUGCCGGGCCAUGACCCUGUGGCCGGGCACCGCAGUGACCUCUGUACCCUCUCCCCUUCCUGGCCGCGGUGCCUCCAAAGCUGUCUUCCCAGACCUUGUCCCCGCCCCCUCGGUAGUGGCUGCUGACCCGCUUGGCCUUUACCCGGGAACCGCAGCCUCCCCCGAUUUGUCCCACUCCCAGCCGUCCGGCCACCUCCUGUCCUUUUCCUACCCUGGGCCAACAGCCCCAGGACACUCCUACCUGCCCGGCCAGCAACUCUCAGCCGCGCCUUCUCAGCCCCGCCACCGGCCGGACGAACACCCGCAGGAACUCGAAGCAGAGAACCCGGUGCUGGUGCUGUCUCCAGGGUCCUCCCAGCAGUCCCUGACUGGGAAACUGUGCAAGCCUAGAACCAUUUACUCCAGCCUGCAGCUGCAACACCCAAACCAGCAUUUCCAGCACACACACUACCUGGCCCUGCCUGGGAGAGCUCAGCUGGCAGCGCAGCUUGGACUCAUCCAAACCCAGGUAAAGAUCUGGUUUCAGAACAAAUGCUCCAAAUACAAGAAGCUCCUGAAGCAGAGCUCUGGGGAGGCAGAAGAGGACUUCUCUGCAAGACAGGCCUCUCUGUCUCACUGCUCUACAGUCUGCCCCAGGAUACUACCCCAGGCAGGCUCCCUGCCUACCAGUGGCUGUGACAAGAGCUUUGGAGCCUGGUAUCAGCCUCGCUCCCCAGAUGUGCUGGCGCUUUCUCAGAUGAUGUGAGUCUGGAGGAAGGCUGGUCAGGCUCCAGACCUCCUGUCAAACCCAGGGCCCCGCACCUGCUCCCCUUCUGGGAGGAAAGGAAACCAGCUCCAGAUGGAUUUUCUCAGAAGAUAAGAAGCUAAAGGAGAGAAACUGAGAGAGAGAGAGAGAAUAGUCUAAGCCUGGCUCUCCAAGCCAGAUGGCUGAAUGGGGGAUUCAGUCUUUGCAGUGGUCCCCGGUGCCACCACUGACUGGACACCUCCCUCCCUCCCUCCAGGAGAACAAAGGCUCCAGAGAGAGCUUCCCUGGCUAGCAUUUAGAUUGCCACAGGCUUGUCACUCUUUCCCCCUUCCAAUGACUGCAGCCCACCCCAGCCUAGGCUCCAAACCAGGAAGAAAACAAAGCUAUUAUUCCCGGCCUGCACCUUGGGCCCUGGCAGCCCUUCCAUGAACAAAACCACAAGCGGACACAGAGACUCUGUUCUUGGCCACUAUAAGGUCCCCAACUUUCACCUACUAAUUAUCAGUGGUGGUCCAAUGGUGGAAUAAGCGUUUAACAUGUAAGAGGCCCCAGCACUGAAACAAAAAUAGGGAACGUUG